AUGCUCAAUUUCACCGAUGUGACAGAAUUCAUUCUCUUGGGACUCACCAGUCGUCAGGAAUGGCAAGUUCUCCUCUUUGCCAUUUUUCUUGCAGUCUACAUUGUCACGGUGGUGGGCAAUGUUGGCAUGAUUGUGUUGAUUAAGGUCAGUCCACAGCUUAACAGCCCCAUGUACUUUUUUCUCAGCCAUUUGUCAUUUGUGGAUGUGUGGUUUUCUUCCAACGUGACCCCCAAAAUGCUGGAAAAUCUGUUAUCUGAGACAAAAACGAUUUCUUAUGCUGGCUGUUUGGUACAGUGUUUCUUCUUCAUUGCCCUUGUCCAUGUGGAAAUUUUCAUUCUUGCUGUGAUGGCCUUUGAUAGGUACAUGGCAAUUGGGAAGCCCCUGCUGUAUGGCAGCAAAAUGUCUAGGGCUGUGUGUAUUCGGCUGAUUUCCUUCCCUUACGUAUAUGGUUUUCUGACUAGUCUGGCAGCAACCCUGUGGACAUAUGGCUUGUCCUUUUGUGGGAAUAUUGAGAUCAACCACUUCUACUGUGCAGACCCACCUCUCAUCAAAAUGGCAUGUGCUGGGACCUUUGUAAAAGAAUACACUAUGAUCAUACUUGCAGGUAUUAAUUUCACAUAUUCCCUGACUGUAGUGACCAUUUCUUAUCUGUUCAUUCUCCUUGCCAUUCUACGGAUGCACUCGGCGCAAGGGAGGCGGAAGGCCUUUUCCACCUGUGGGUCCCACUUGACAGCUGUCGUCAUAUUUUAUGGGACUCUCAUAUUCAUGUAUCUCAGACGUCCCACAGAGGAGUCUGUGGAGCAGGGGAAAAUGGUGGCUGUGUUUUAUACCACAGUGAUUCCCAUGCUGAAUCCCAUGAUCUACAGUCUGAGGAACAAAGAUGUGAAAGAAGCCAUGAGCAAAGUGAUCAGCAGAACAUGUUUAACAAAAUAA